CAUACGGUAAGCUUAUAUUUCAACCUCGCUCCUCCGCCGCCGGCCAUGGCGUCCGCCGCAUGCCACGCCGGGAUCGUCGCCUGCGCGCCGCCGCCGCCGCCGCCGCCUCGCCUCGGUGGCCGGCUGUGGCAUUGUCGGCGGCCGGCUAGCCUCGUCUUAUCAGGUAGAAGAAGCAAUCAAACAAUUAGGGUCACCAGUGGAGUGAACAUGGAUAGCAUGGACUGGGAGAAGCUUGUGGCCCCAGUUGCAGUGGUCACUGGGGCGUCCAGAGGGAUUGGAAGAGCCAUAGCUGUGACUCUUGGCAAAGCAGGGUGCAAGGUUAUUGUGAACUAUGCCAAGUCAGGUAUGGAAGCUGAAGAAGUGUGCAGAGAGAUUGAGGAGUCCGGUGGCACCGCGAUCGCCUUCUUGGCCGACGUGUCCAUCGAACACGAGGUCGAAUCCAUGAUGAGAGCCGCAAUCGACAGUUGGGGAACACUGGACGUGCUGGUGAACAAUGCAGGGAUCACGCGAGACGAGCUGCUGAUGCGCAUGAAGAGGGCGCAGUGGCAGGAGGUCGUCGACGUCAACCUCACCGGCGUCUACCUCUGUGCCCAGGCCGCGGCGGCGGUGAUGAUGAAGAGGAAGAAGGGAAGGAUCAUCAACAUCGCCUCGGUUUCCGGGAUCAUCGGCAACAUCGGGCAGGCCAACUACUGCGCCGCCAAGGCCGGGGUGAUCGGCCUCACCAAGGCCAUGGCGAGGGAGUACGGCGGCAGAAGCAUCAAUGUGAACGCCGUUGCUCCCGGCUGGGUGGCCUCCGACAUGACCGCGAAGCUGGGCGACGACAUUGAGCGGAGGGCGCUCGAGACGAUACCGUUAGGACGGUUUGGGAAACCAGAAGAGAUAGCCGGCCUGGUGGAGUUCCUGGCCGUCCAUCCUGCUGCAGGUUACAUCACUGGGCAGGUUCUGCCGGUUGAUGGCGGUCUGUCAAUUUGAUAAGCAAUUGCAUAAUGGGAUAGCGAUUUGGAGGAAGGACAGUCAUCAGGAGAAACAUUAGCCACAAAGUUCUGAAAUGUAAAUUGAAGUACUUGCAUCUAUGCUUUUGUUUCAGGCUUCACAAGUUAUAGUGGUUUUUAACUGUCAAUGCUACAAAGUGGAGUAAUUUAACCAAAUGUGUUUCCCCAGAUGUUCUUGAAAAUUAACCAAGAGCACUGAAACUUAGUUUUCUACUCAACCAGACCUAUCAGAAAGUUAGUUGAGCACUUUAUUUCCAUAUCAUCCGGUCGGUAAAUCACUGAAGAUCCCAAGACAUUAAACAGCAGAAUUCCAAAAGAUCAAGCAUCACAAUCUCCAGCUCCUACCAAAUUCAGAAUCACCAAAUUUGGUAUUAGUCAAUGCAACAUAGCACUAUAGCCUGUGAGUUGUGACCACUACCUUGAAACUUUAAGAGUGUUUCUUUUUUUUUUA